UUCCAGGUGGCGUUUUUGUUUGAGCGGGUUAUUCCGAACUUCAAACGUCAACAUAAAUAGAAAUACAUCGCUUGUUUGUAUUUGAAACCAAAAAGGAAACAAAUGACACUUGCAAUAACUCGAAUUUUCUUGAUAGUUCUAUAUAUAAGAAACUUUUUUUCCAGAUGAAUUAAUAAUACUGUAUGUACUACCUGUAUGUAUUAGAUAGUAGAAAUGGAAGAAGAUACAUUAGAUCACAGAUUUAGAAGAAGGCAAUCUGGACGAAGAUCAUCAUCUAUCUUGAAGACAAAAACUCCUCUGUUAGAUAUUGAUACAAAUCAGGCAACGAUAGAGAUUAUACCAAGGAAAAAAGCAAGAAUUUCAUCAUCAAGGAGAGUGAGCUUUGCUGAAACAUAUCAAGUAAAAGAAUUUCAAAAAGACUCUCCCCAUAGAUGGCUACCAGACCCUGAAUCUGAAGAUGAUUCUAGUCCAGAACUUGAGAGACUGCCUGAUGUUCAACAGCAUACCAGCAGAAGUGAAAUUCAAGGUUUAGAUAAGUUGUUAACAGGACCUAUACAGAACAAUUUGCCUUCUGAAGAGCAAAUUGAUUCAGAAUUACCUUUACCUGAUGAGAAUGUUCCAUUCAUUCAGAGUGGUCCUAAUCACACAAUAUUGCAAACUGAUGAUAUGGACAUGACAGACUGUUUUGAGAAGUCAAGGUCAAAUGUAGAAAAACCUCUUGUUGAUGACUUUGGUGACAACUAUGGUGCAUCUUUUUCCAUUAAUAAAUUGGAUGCAAAAUCAUUUCUUACAAGCAUAGGAAAACCAUAUUUGGAAAAUAUUUCAGAGAAGCUAUUUUUACCAGAAAAGAAGUUUUCCAGUCCUGACAGCAACAACAUGUAUAAAGUGGAACAAGAAUCAGAUUUCCAUACAUUGAUUAAUACCUCAAUAAACAAGUACACAGCGUUAAGUUCUAGUGUUACAACAAUAGCAGGAGCUUCUGUAACAUUUACCACAAAUGUCACAUCACGCAAACCUCUCACCAGUAUCAGUGAUAGAUCAGCAUUUACACCUAUAACAACAGAAUCAUAUAAUCCACUUGAUGAGGCUGAUAGACCAGUGUCAAAAGUUGAUGGAUUAUCUUUCUUAAAACAGUUGACCUUCAAAGCACCUGAGUCACCUCUAGAUAAAUAUGAAGAAAGGACAAUUGUGUUUGAUGGCAAUGACAUGGAAGAGACUGAAGUUCUCACAAAAUGUAUUCAAAAUAGUGAGAAAGAACCAUUGUUUCCAGAGUCUGUUAAAGUUCCGUGUUUCUUAAAAUCAAAGACGACAUCUGGAAGAAGCAACAAUAAUAUGUUUUUUGGGCAGGGUGAUGAGAUGGGCAACCAUACAGUGUUUUUUGGGGAGGAUAACAAUAUGGAGGACACUGAGGUUAUACGAAGCCAAAUUAAUUUUGAUGCAUUGCCUAAUCAGAAAUCAAAAAAUACAUUUCUAUUUAAUAGUGUGAAGGGGAAUGAAAACAUCAUGGCUAAGGAUGAGACAGAAAAGACCCAGAUAUUUGACAGGGGACUUGACAUGGAACAGACUGAAAUGUUAACAGGAAAAUUGAAUUAUAAUGAAUGUCUUAAGACUAUUGACAAAGCUAAAUUAAAUGACAGUAUCAUGGAAGAAACUGGUCUCCUUACUGGUAAAAUUGAUCUUGUCCAUUCAAGUAAACUUCUUGAAAAAAAUAAAACUGUUUUGUAUAAGAAUGAUGAUAUGGAAGAAACUAAUGUACUAACUGGUAUCAAUCCUGUGGGAUAUCGAAAGUCGUUUGGUUCUGAAAAAAAGAACAAAACAUGUUUGUUCCCUGAUGGCAAUGAUAUGGAACAGACAACAGUGUUGGCAAAUAAAAUAGAACUUCCUGUCCUACGAAAAUCAAAUAAACAGGAAGACACAAAGAUAUCAGAUAAUAGUAUGGAAGAAACAAAUGUACUUACACAAAAAAUUGAAUUGCCUAAACAAGAAACAAAUACAGAUGUAUCAAGACUUGUCAACAUUGACAAUAAAACAUUGUUGUACCAUGAAAGUAAUGAUAUGGAAGAAACAAGAAUUGUCACAGGCAAAAUUGAUAUUAAUAAAUCAGAUAAAGAGCAAGAAAGAGAGAAUAGAACAAAACUAUUCAAUGAAACAAACUUUGUUGAAGAAACAUGCACAGUCACAUCCAAGUUGAGCGAGCUUUCAUAUGUUAAAGAAAAUAAAACUACAAUUUUUACCGAAGACAAUGGAAUGGAAGAAACCUGUGCACUAACAUCAAAAGUUGAAUAUCUAUCAUGUGUUAAAAGAUCAACAUCACUUACAACAGGGAACACCAUAUUUGAUCAGGCUGAUGGAACCGCUGUAAAUAGAAAUUAUAAAUCAUCGCUUGAAGGGAACAAUACCAUAGUGUUUAAUGAAGAGAAUCAGAUGGAGCAAACCAGACCAAUAAAUACAACAAUAAAACUAGAUUCCAAAGAGAGGAGCCAGAGUUCUAAAUCUUGUAGUGAUGGACUGAAAAAUAAAACAGUGAUAUUUCCUGAUGAUAAUGAAAUGGAACAAACUCAAGCCUUGACUGGAAAAUUAGAGAUUGGUUCUCAUCUUUCGAAAGAUAAAACAUUGUUGUUCAAAGAUAAUAAUGAAAUGGAACAAACUCAAGCCUUGACAGGAAAAUUAGAGAUUGGCUCUCAUCUUUCGAAAGAUAAAACAUUGUUGUUCAAAGAUAAUAAUGAAAUGGAACAAACUCAAGCCUUGACUGGAAAAUUAGAGAUUGGCUCUCAUCUUUCGAAAGAUAAAACAUUGUUGUUCAAAGAUAAUAAUGAAAUGGAACAAACUCAAGCCUUGACUGGAAAAUUAGAGAUUGGUUCUCAUCUUUCAAAAGAUAAAACAUUGUUCAAAGAUAAUAAUGAAAUGGAACAAACUCAAGCCUUGACUGGAAAAUUAGAGAUUAGCUCUCAUCUUUCGAAAGAUAAAACAUUGUUGUUCAAAGAUAAUAAUGAAAUGGAACAAACUCAAGCCUUGACUGGAAAAUUAGAGGUUGGUUUCAAUAGUUCUCCAGAUAAUGAAGAUAAAAAAACUAAUCAGCCAGAUGCCAUUAACAGGUUGUCGGACGCAGACUCUGAUACAACACAAAACAAGACAAAGCAAUUCAAAGAUGGUGAAGAAAUGGAACAUACAAAUACAGGAGCAGAGAGGUUAAAAUCUUUAACAGAAAAUGACAUUGUUAAAAAUAAAUAUCAUCAAGACAUAGAAGUUAUUAGUGAAAAUCAUUCACCUGGUUUGAAUAUGUUAGAGCAUGAAGUACAAAUAAUCAGUCAGAUUGAAAACAAUGAAAAUGGUGGGAAAAUUAAGAAAAAAGGAGGAAUAUCAAGUUUGAUUGAAAAAAUAAGAAAGGAUAUGAAUGGAGAAAAAGAUAAAAAUUCUGAUAACACUGAAAAUAGAAGAGAAAGUUCCAGUCCAGAUAAAACUGAUGGUUUCUUCUUUAAGUAUAAAGCACAACUAGAGAGUGUAAAGAAAAAUGCAGAGAAUGUUAACAAUGACUUUAAUGGUGGCAAUCUAAAAUUAACAGAUAUGAUAGAAAGAAUGGAUAAGAAUGCAUGUAAGAGCUUGGGCUUACAAACACGAACUCCUAGUGGUAAAAUGUUUGUGACAGCCAGAGACUUUUCUUCUGAGAUGAGACCACCUCUGAGAGGAAGUACCGUAAAGAUAUCUGAACGAGUUAUACAAACAGAACAUAAACCAACUAAUGAAAUGGGACAGCAUCAACUAAUGCAUUGUUCAAAGGAGUUGUUUUCACAUAAUGAUCCAAACUUUGAGAAUGGAGAAUCUCCCUUGCCAUUGUUAGAAUCCAGCACCAACAUCACAGUUAGAGGAAGAUCAAAAAGUGAAGGGAGGGCUGAUGAUUCAUUGGAGUUACCAGGUGGAAUAACAGAUAUAUAUAUGCCAGCAGAACUGUUGACCAGUACUACAAUAUCAAGUGUUCCACCAGAAACAACUAACUACCAGCUGAACCUGACCUCUAGCAGUGGUGCUAUCAUGGAGUCUGAUAGUAGCCACUCUAAUCUCACAUGUAGUAGUGGUUCCAGAUCUAUCAUGGAGAUAAAUAUGGAGGACUAUCUCAAACAAUCUAUGAUGAACGACAGUGAUGAUGGAUCCAUGACCGUAGAACAUUUCUGUAAAAGGAUCAAUAUGCUUGUACCAUUUUGGUUGAAAGAAAGGAUUCAGAUGGCAAGACAAAGUAUUGCAACAUCAAAAAAAGUAGAUAAAGACAGCAUCAGAGGUCAGAUUGAGGCCAAAUAUGUCCAUGAACCAUACAUCUCUAUAUACAAUACAGUGAUAGAACAAGCCAAGGAGAAAUUGUCUGUGUUAAAACCCCAGACAAAAGAAUUACAUGACACAAUUAAGGAGGAGCAGCCAGCAGUGUUUGAUGUGGGUAUGAAGGGAUCAGAAGAACAGAAAUAUGAAAUGAAAGAAAAAGCCACUAUUAUGAGAAAAUAUUGUUCAAAACAAGUGGAUAAAAGGUGGAAAGAUAUGAAAUUACAAUGUCAUGAACAAUUUUAUGAUGUAAUAAAGGAAAAACGUGAAAAAUUGAGCAAAGAAGUAAAUAAAGUGGUUCAAGCUAGUGAUACAAUACAAGAAGAGCUUACCGUGUUGUCAAAUGCUUCAAAUCAGUUAGAUAAAUUGAUCCUAGAAUUAGAGCAGAAACCUCUACCAGAACCAGAAGAUAUAGAAUAUUUAAAUUCAUUAGAUCAAGAAGUUAAACAAAAAGAACAAGAAAUGAAAGGAUUAAAGGAAACUCAAGUAGAUCUAGAGAGAGAAAAACUUAACCUUCAGACAGAAAAAUCCAAACUACAGAAAGAGGAAGAAAAUAUUAACAAUGAUGAUGAGGCAGACGACAAUAUAAUGGUACAACUGGAAAUUCAAGAACUAGAGGAAAAACUUGAUGCCAUUGAAAGUUUGACAGAAUGGCAUAUUGAAAGUUAUGAAGAUGACUUCAUUACAUUUUUAUUUUAUGAUGAAACCUUGCGACUGUCAAUUAAUAAACAAAGAGAACCAGAUAAUGGACAAACAAAAAUAGCUUCAGCCCAUGUGGAAUCAUUAUUACAAGAUUCUACCAGUCCCUGCAUGAAGUUGAUACAGGCUAUUAUAUUACAACAAAUAAAUGAUGGAGAUUCCUUACAUCAAACCUUCAGAUAUAUAUCAGACCUACCAGAGUUGUUGCAGAAGCUGUCACAGAUUGUUUUGAAUGCUAGGUGUCUUAAACGACAAAUAACGUCUCUUAGUUUAAACUAUAUAGUGACAGUUUAUAACAACUUUAUUGUGGUUGAGAAGUGGACACUUAAAUCUUUAAGAAAAGUUAACAUUAAAUUACGGUUUAGUGUGGAGGAUACUUGCUGUAACAUAUUGCCUGAAGUUACUGUAAAAAUGGGUAGAAUAAGAGCAGAAGAUGUACAAGACCAGAUAAAUAGUGUUUCAAGAGGACAUAAUUAUCUUGUUAAACUUUGUGACUCUGUAGAUCUUGAUGUACUAUCAGAUAGCAGCAAGUUAUCAUGACAGCAGCCAAGUUAAGAUAUCCUUAAUGUGCAAUUCUAAUGGCAGCUGCUUUUGUGAGGAAACUAUAAAUUACAAUAUGGAGCUCUGAUGACUUUAGUGUUCCAAUUUGUGGAUCAAAUCUAAUAUAUAUUUGGUUUUUAAUUAGAAUCUGUAGCAUAUUUUUGUAUCAGUAUGAAUUUAUUAUUUAUAGUAGUGUUUUGUAAGUUGAACAAGCUUUUGAGUGCAAAUUUUUAAGUAUACUAUUCAAUAUGAGUCUUACAAAUUUUUGAGUACAUUAUUACGUUCUUAUGGUAUUAACAUGCUUUGAGUACCUUAUUCCAUACUUAAUAAAUUCAGAUUUCUUGAGUACAUUAUUCUAUGCUUGAUAAAUUAAAAAGUUUUGAGUUCACUAUUCCGUACUUAAUGAAUUACCAUGUUUUAAGAUCAUAAUUUUAUGCUUAAAGAAUUUAAAUGUUUCGACACCUAACAAAUCAAAUGUUUUGAGUACACUAUUCCAUACUUAAUAAAUCAAAUGUUUUGAGUACACUAUUCCAUACUUAAUAAAUCAAAUGUUUUGAGUACACUAUUCCAUACUUAAUAAAUCAAAUGUUUUGAGUACACUAUUCCAUACUUAAUUAAUCAAAUGUUUUGAGUACACUAUUCCAUACUUAAUUAAUCAAAUGUUUUGAGUACACUAUUCCAUACUUAAAAUUAAUCAAAUGUUUUGAGUACACUAUUCCAUACUUAAUUAAUCAAAUGUUUUGAGUACACUAUUCCAUACUGAAAUUAUCUUUUUGGUCUGUGCGUGUGUUUUUUCAUUUGUCUGUUUGUUCUUCCUUCUGUCCAUUCGUCAAUAUGUCCUGCUUCAGGUUAAAGUUUUUGGUCAAGGUAGUUUUUGAUGAAGUUGAAGUCCAAUCAACUUGAAACUUAGUGCACAUGUUCCCUAUGAUAUAAUUGAGUUUACCCCAAUUUCAGGGUUCAGUGAACAUAGAAAAUGAUAGUGCCAAUGGGGCAUUCCUGUACUAUGGACACAUUCUUGUUUAUUAAUAUGUAAUGAGAAGAUUAUUCCAUACUUAAUCUAUAAAUAUUCUUCAGUACAUUAUUCAAUACUUUAUUUAAUUGACAUGUUUUUAGUACAAUAUUCCAUACUCAAUCUAUUAAAAUGUUUAGAGUACAUUAGCCAUACUUAAUGUAUUAAAAUUGUCAUGAGAUCACUUUUCCAUACUCAAUAUAUUUGAAUGUUUUUUUAAUUAAAAUGUUUUGAAUACAUAAUUCCAUGUAGAUAAUGUGACUGGUUGAGUAUCAAAUUAUAAGAUAUGAUUCUUGAUAUUCUCUGACACAGGUUUUUUUGAAAUCACAAUUAUUUAUCUCUUUUUUUCUCAUUCUUCAAAUAACAAUCAUAAUUGUAUGCAAUAUUUUCUGAAUUUACAGUACACUUUUCCAUACUUGAAUAUUUUGCCAAAUUAGGAUAAGAUUUUUAAUAACAAAACUUUUGUGGUAGGAGUGAGCAACUGGGGAGACAUUCAUUACCCCAUCCUUUUCCAUUAUUUUAAACAUGAAAAAUACAUCUCCUCUAACACAUUUCCUUUCCAAAAAAAACAUGUCUAUAGCUUUCAUGAUUCUGGUAUUUCAAGAAGAGAUAAAUAGAUUUGACAAAUAUCUAAUUCAUUUACAACAGUGGUUUGUGUAAAGUUACACAUUAUGGUUAAUACCCAUGGAUGAAAUAAUAACUAAUUAGUCUUGCUUAGAAUAUUUUAUACCCUAUGGUUUUUGAAAACCACAUUUAGUGCAAAAUGUAACUGCUUUAUAAUCAAUAUUUCAUUUUCAUUUGAAUUUCUGAUUUGAAAUUAUAUUAAUGAUUUUUAAGUUAUGAUUAAGUAUAUUGAUAUGUUAAGAUGUUUUAUGAUCUGUGUUGUGCAUUUAGUGUUAUAUCAUUCACAUCAAAAUAUACCUAUUCUGUGUUCAAAAAUGUAUAGAGCUUUCGUUUUUAUAUGGCAGUACAUAAAACAUGUCUUGAAAUGCUAACAAUUAUUGAUAUGUACAACUUUUUUUAAUUUAUCUUAUCUUUCUUUUUUUGUCAAAUUUUUAACA